AUGCACGCUGGGUCGGCUGUGGUCCUCCGAGCUGCUGUGGGGCCGGCGCCUGCUAGGAGUGUGGGCCUGCUGGGUGAGUUCUGCCUCGCAACCGGCCGCUGGCGCGUGUGGCUGGAGGGUGAGGGCAGCGUAGGCGUGGAUGCCAGGCAGCAGGACAUUGGUCUGCUGGACGGAGGCGCGCGGCCUCAGCGAUGCUGCUAUACAUGCUGGCGGCUUUCAUCUCGGCUCUGGAGAUCGGCAGAUGCAACUCGCGAGUACUGCGAUGACUGCCGCCGCAACGGCGACCUGGCGGAGGACAUCCCAAAGGAUCCGUGCCUGCGCGGGAUGGAGGACCUCCCUGCAGGUCCGGAACCUUCUGCCCGAGCAAUGGCGCGGAUUUCCCUGGCUUUGGCUCACGCGCAAAGACCGCAUGAGCUCUUACUCAAGAAGUUCCGUGCUGCCGCAGAGCGCCUGUACCAAAGAGUGACGGAGGAGCUGCCCUUGCAAGAAGACAUCGGCCUUUCCAAGCCAAGCGCUUUGGCAACAUCUGUGCCCGACAUACCCGUUUUCGUCGUGAAUCUGGAUCGCAGUCCUCACAGGCUGGAGGACAUGCGUCGAGAAGCACGCCGCUGCAACCUCCGUGCCCGUCGCUUCGCUGCAACGGACGGCCGGCACCGCGUCGUGCGGCGAAGCCAAUGCGAGCCCUACACCCGGGACCUCACAAGCUUUGCGCUGCGCUGGGACGAGGCCCGGCCGGCCAUUGGCGUAGCGUUGACUGCAGACCAGGAGAGGCACUACGUGGGCUACGUGGGGUCUUGGCUGUCGCACAUGCGGGCCUUGCGACAGGGCCUGGAAGAGGGAUCUCCCUUCGUGGUGGUGCUGGAGGAUGACCAGGUGCUGAGUAGCGACUUCAACGGCGUCUUGCAAGACAUUGUGGAGUCUGCCGGUGACUUGCUGGAUGUCAUCAUCCUGGGCCCUCUAGACUGGCGCCUCCGCAGCCUGCAGUACGCCCAGCGCCGGAAGGUCAUGCAGCUGAGGCAUCCGUGUUCGGGGACCAGGUCGAAGGAAGAGGAGUUCAUGGCCGAGCUGUAUGGCUACACACCCACUCUGCAGCAAGAGAGCACCUACUUCCUCUACUCCAUUGGCUCCCGGGCAAUGACUGGGGAAGACCUGCUCUCCACCGGCUGCUGUGGUGUCUGGGGCUACUUGGUCAGCCGCCGCGGCUGCCAGAAAAUGGAGGCUUCCAUGAAGUUCAUGUGGGAGUCCUUCGAUGACGUGCUGCAAGCUGAACUUCAAGGCGACAAUCGCUUCACAAGCUUUGUGGGGAAGCAUCGGCUAUGGGCCGUGUGGCCACCUCUGGUCACGUCGGACGGCAAGUGGCCCUCACAGAACUCCGGGGAGGAUCUGGAGCUUGGGAGACAGCCUGCACCUGUCAGCCCGCACGCCAGCUUCCGUGACCACUCCUUGCAGGUCCAGGCUGCCCAGCUCCUCCUUGGUCCAGGGCAGGCUUUCCUAGCUGGCUCUGGCAUUCCUGACCACAGGCACCUUCGCGUGGCGGCGACUGCUGCCCUGCUCUGGCCACCAGUGGAGCCUGUGUGGGCGUACGUGGUGCGAGGCUGGCGGCGGCUUUUUGCGCAGCGGGCCGGGUCUGGCGGUGGCUUCGAGCUUCGGACAGAGAUGCAGCACAAGCUCUACAAGGAGAAGCGCUUCUUUGACCUGGCAUCCGAAGGCCUUACCUGGAGCUGGACCGUUCUCCGCGCCGCUUUCCUCUUCGACAUGGCCCUACCCUUACCAGCUCUGUGGUCGACAACGCCACCGGAAGGGCCCCCGAUCCAGCUUCCUCCCCUUUGUCUGCGGGUAGUCUGGGGCCCCUGGGCGCAGCUCAACUGGGCGCCAAGCGCUUGGUGGCGAGACCUGCUGGAUGCAGCCCCUGGCUCGCGGGUCUCCCUGGCACAACCUGCGGCGCAGAUUCCCUUCACUGGCGCGGAGUUGAGACCCCAGCUGCCCCGGGCCACCUUCUACAACAUCCAAGUCCAAGCGCUCGACACACUCGAAUGCGAAGGUGCUGCUUUGGUGCUGGCUGCCGAAGUGGCUGUGACCAUGGCCUUGCUGCAGGCCCUCGAAACGGAGCUGGCAGCUGGUCGUCCCGUCCUGGCCACGGCUCGGUCACUGGCAACUCUUGCCGAGCUGUGGAAUGCGCUCUCGAAGGAGUCUGAGGAAGGCAGCCUCGACAUCGCCUUUGUGGGCGUGAACCCCUUCGCGUCGCAGCUGUGCCAGCCCUCCGCCGUGGGUGCAGAUCCGCUUCCUGGACGCUGGGCUCGGAUCCGUGGGCUCACCAAAAGGCCCGACCUGAAUGGAGCCGAGGUCUUGCUUGCUGAAGAGCGGGAGGAUGGCCGCUGGCGUGUCUCCACUCCGGGCGGGGAUCUGGCAGUGCGACGCGAGCACUUGGAGGUCUUCGUGGAGGAGCCGUGGCCACCGGCACCCAGUCGAGGCCUCACCGCCUCAGAGUGGAAGGCCAUCUGCGCCUCUCCCGCUCGGCUCGACGCCAGCGCUGGCGGCACCAAUGCGUUCUGGCUCGGGAUUCGGCCGUCGCGCCCGGACAAGAGGAAUGGCGUCUCCUUUUCCUCAUUCACGGCCCCAUACAGCGCCAGGGACAGCUAUGCAGGCAUGAGUGACCACCAGGCUGGGCCAGCGCGAGGGGGUUGGGAUUGCGUCUAA